AUGGUUGGUACCGUAGAAAAUACUUUAUUUGAAGAUGGUGAUGGGGCAAAUACAUUUUGUGCUUUUAACCCAACUCAAGCUGAAGAAACUUAUUCAAUGGUCACUGCUAAUCGCUUUUGGUCCCAAAUCUUUGGUGGGAGACCAAGAGAUGCUUGGACGAAAGUCUGUUGGAGACAGAAACAACCCAAUCGAAUUGACUACAGCAGAAGAUGGGAAGGUGAUGACGUUUCGACGAUGUUUGUCACAAACAUUCCAGGCGGAUCUUCAAAAGAGGAGAUUGAAAGGAUGUUUCAGAAUCAUGGUGAUGUGAGAGAUAUAUACAUGGUGACCAAAAAAGAUUCUAGCCAUCGGAAUUUCGCCUUCGUUAGAUUUAGGGAUAUCGCAGAUGAAAGUUGA